AUGGUUAUGUCAGUGUGGGGUGUUGUUUUUCUUGGUCUGCUAGGUGUUUUUUUUCACGUCCAGGCUGUAAAUUUAUUUCCGGACCUUCAUUUUGAAGAAGAAGAACCAGUGGAAGGAGUGGUUCCACCGUUAUCAACUGCUGUAAUUGAAGAUAAGUAUGCAGAAAAAGCGACGCAAUGUUGGGUUGCAGCCGGUAUGUAUUUAGUCACGCUGAUCGUUGUUUUUUGGCAGAAUAAAUUCAAUUCUGCAUCAGUAUUUUAA